AUGCCACACACAGGCCAGGCCGGAGUGAACCAACUCGGGGGCGUGUUCGUGAACGGGCGUCCCCUGCCAGACUACGUACGCCGCAGGAUCGUGGAGAUGGCCUUGAUGGGCGUGCGUCCGUGCGACAUCUCCCGACAACUCCUUGUCUCCCACGGCUGCGUCUCCAAAAUCCUCACCAGGUUCUACGAGACGGGUUCUAUUAAGCCUGGUUCGAUCGGAGGCAGCAAGCCCAAGCAAGUCGCCACGCCCACCGUCGUGAAGAAGAUCCUCCGCCUGAAGCAGGAGAACCCGGGGAUGUUCGCCUGGGAGAUCCGCGAGCAGCUCUCGUCCCAGCGCGUGUGCGACCCCGCGUCCUUGCCCUCCGUCUCGUCCAUCAACAGGAUCCUGAUCUCGGGCUUUAGUCAGCAGUCAGAAAAAUCUUCCGGCGUCAACCCUGAGGAAAAAUCCGGAGCCGGAGUCCCGAAGGACGUUCGUUGGCGCUUGAGACCUCGUUCCGGCAACUCCUGCGACGCCGCUGGUGCCAAACUGCAUCGGUCCUUUGGAUCUAUCUGCUGCGUGGAGAGGGAACUUGCUGCUUGGCCAUCUCUGGAAAUGGCCCUCAGUCCCGUGUAG